AUGAAAGCAGUGGCGAUUCUUACCAUUAUGAGCCUUUUGCAGCUUGGCAUUGUCCUCGGAAUGCCGGCUGCUCGGCCGCAAGAUCUUACAGACGAGUUUUUCAAUGGAUUGCCGGAUCCCGAACCGGCUGGCGCACCUUUUGGAACCGAAACCAGUGGCCCAGCCGUCGACAGAUCUGCAAUCAUCGACGCUGCAGUGGCACAGGCUACGGCGUUAGACGCCCCAGGAGCCGAUCCUGCCCUUACGAACAAUCCCGACCCAACGGAGCCGGGAAAGUUGAGAAAGAGAUCACCAAGCUCGGACGCUGUCACCCCUAGCGGCUAUCACUUAGUCUUUUCUGGUCUCAAUGGAGCUACCCAAGCGCCGUCGUAUUUGACCUUCAAAUCAAUUCCCACAUAUGACCCAAGCCUCUGUGCUGCAAAAUGUAACUUUAUAAGCAACUGUCGAUUUUUCAAUUUAUACAUCGAGAUCAAUGCAAACGGGCAAAUUAUCAGGUGUUCGUUCUACAGUAUCAGAAGCACAGCAUCUAGCGCUAUAAACGUUGGCCAAUGGCGGAAUGGCUUCCACGUCACAAUCAACAACUCUAAUGGCUAUGCUAAGUAUCAGCCGUACCCUCCUGUUGACGGGUUUACGGUCGAAAGCCUUGGCGGCGCCAUAAAUGGUAGACGUUUGGCCCCUGGCGACCCGGAUCCAUACAUGGGCUAUACAUCCAUCGAAGCGGUAUUUCUCCCCCCAAAUGGCCCAAAUCAAGGCUAUGUUAAUAUAUUAUCUAACGAUGCCCGAAUCUAG